AAAAAAAUCUAUAACUCUAGAUAGUUUUUCACGCUACUGUAUCAUCCUGCUAUUUCUGUUAACCAGUAUAUGUGGAUGGCGAUUGUUGAUGGGUAUCUGUCGUACUUGAUCUAGUUCAAUGUCAGUUUUGUCAUCAGUUUAAAUUCUUUUGGCUCUAGCUAAUAGAGAGUGAAUUAAGUUUAUCUUCUGUUUCAAGGAGCCCAAUAUUGGAAUUUGUGUACUCGUCGUUCUAAGUUGGCUUUCUGUAUAUUGAUCUUCAAAGCAACCCAUCCGACCCUCGAUUUAGUAAAAUAUCUUAGAAAUGAAGCCCCUGAGUCUGACUCUGGUUUUACUGUAAACGUGAAUAUUGGUGACAACUAUUCAACUUUCAAAGGAUGUCUUUGGGGGAUUGAUCGCCAUUCGACUCGUGAUGGGAAAACACGUUCAGGUCUUAUUGAUGUGGACGUAAUACGAGGUUCUGUUUUCGCCAAGGCUAAAACCGGGCAUGGUUGGAUGGCAGCUGUGCGUUGGGGCUUAUUGCGCGUAGCAUUCGCUCCUUUUUACUGGAACUACUGGCGCAGUCAUACAUCCUUUCGUGUUGCUGUUUAUAUCAUGGUUCACUUUUUUCUACAGUUUUUACAAGUAGUAUUUUUCCUUCUGACGGACCCGCGGACUAGUAACAGCUCUCAGGAUGAUUUACUUCUUCCUUGCUUAUUGGCUAUUUGUCUGGGUAUUCUUCAUGCACAUAUUACUGCUCCACAUGGGAAAACUGGUUUAUAUUCGUCUUUUAUGGAUAACCCAAUGACCAAUCAAUCUUUCAAAGAUAUUGGUGACCAUGGCUUGAAUCCAAAUUGUUGUCAAUACAAUCCGGACAAUUUAGUAAAUAAUAAAUUUAGAAGUGUACAGACUGUUUUAAAUAGAAAUAGUGAGUAUGACCAUUCAUCUUGGUUUCCUGUACAGUCAACUAUUUCAGAGCAUCACAAAUCUCCAGCCAUUAUUUACUCAGCGAAUCAUCAGUCAAAAAACGUAACAAAUCCCAACAAAGAACAUAUAAUCAAUACUUCAGAACAAUGUGGACAUUCAAGUAGUGGUUGUUUCGAAUGUUGCAAAACCUCUCAGUUAAUGGACAGAAAUUACACUAAAGCACAACGAAAUAUACACUGGAGACCAUGUGAGAUGAAACCGAAAAAAGCAUUAACUUCGUCCUAUAAGUUUUUAAAAACUCACCUCGACACUGAUUAUCAAGAUGACUGUUCUGAUAUGUACGGUCCAGGUGAUGAUACCCAACAUGAAUUAAAUGUCUCGGAUGUUACUCAUGGAACAGAUGGUCCACAGACUCCAUGUACAUUAGAUGAAGAAUGUGGAAGAACUACACUUCUUCAUAAUUCGCAGGUAUUAGAGCAUAGGUCGAGAGUAGUUCGAAGACGCAGACGUCACAAUAGUUACAAUUCAAAGCCUGGUAACUCAAGUCGUGGACACGAUGCAGAUGUAGAAGAGAGCGAAGGUGAACUUAUAACUGUCCCAUCUAGAAAAGAUGUUGGGGAGAUUGGUUUCAGUGAUCAAAUAGUGGAUGGUCUGAAUCCUGAAUUCAUUCAACAGUUACGACUAAAAGGAGGUGUUGGUUCAGAUAACCAUUUUGGGUCUUCUAAUUCAGAUAUAAAUCCAGAUUCCACAGUUCUACGUACGAUAAAACGAGUAUCUGAAUCUCCAUUCAAAUCUUCAAAUUUACAUACGUCUGCCAAAUUACCAAAUACUCUGGGUGAUUUUUCAGCCAAUACUGAGUCUUCAAAUAAUGUAGGUGUUUCGAAAACACAAUCUAUCAGUGAUUCUCCUAUCCCACUGAAGAUCGAUCAAUUCUCUGAACUUGAAUGUCUUCCACCUCAUCUGUCUCAUAUUUCUUCUUUAAGUAGUUCUUUUGAUUCUUUCAUUGGACCUAGUCGCCGUUCAUUAAAACGUUCAUUGUCGAUGAGCUUUCCAGUGCAUAGUAAAAGUACUACGACUAAUAUGUUUCUAAAUAAUAAUCUAAUGUUAAAAAAAUCAUUCUCUGAUGGGUUAUUAAAUUGUUCAAUGAACUUUGAUUCGUCACAGUGUCAUCUAUUCGAUAAUAAAUUACUUGACGCAUUGAAGCCACCGUUUCAACAAAAGAGAGACUUUCGAUCCAACUACAAUAAUACGAAGGGUCAGGUUAGAGAAGUUUUAAAGUUAUGUUCAAAUCGACGAAAUCGUUUGAGCAGUGAAAAUAUUUCAUAUCGUAAAAUAUCAUUAUCAUCGCAUUCUUCGGGAGCUGCAGAGUCGUCCACUAAUUCUGCUCAAUCUUUCAGUUCUGUGAGAAAGUUUCCAAAAGGAAAUGGUCGCAUUUUUGAAUUGGAAUCCGUACAUGAUGUUGGUGCAGAAUUGACAGCCGAUCCAAAAUGUGGUCGGUCUAGUGUUGACAAACAUUUGGACAGGAAGACAUAUUCUAGUUACACUGAUAUAUUUAAAUCUCAACUGAUUGAAGACAUGAAACCUACUGUUCAACCACUUGAGUUAUCUAAAGAAUCCCAAAAGUUGAAUGAACUGAACGAAAAACGUGACUUACUACAAGAUAGCUAUGGUCAUUCGGAAUUUAAGAACAAGUCUUAUGAAUGUAUUAAUAAAGAUGAUACCAUUACCGUGUUUAAUCGACAACGUGCUAAAUAUUUACGCUUGUUUUUACAACGUGCCUUUCACCUACAACAUCCACGUGUUGUUAUAAAUUCGAAUCACACUGAUACAGAUAUGCUUGAGCCAGAUUCUGUUGUAUUAAAUAGUAAAUGGUCAAAUGAAAAUUCGAAAUAUUCGGGUAAAUAUGUUCAUUCAUCUAAAAAUCCUGAUAUUAAUUUUAAACCAUCUAAUCAACGUAUAUCGUCGUUGAAUUCCACAAACAAAAGUUGUUUAAAAUCCACUCCACCGAAAAUAUUUUACAAUUGGUCUGAGGCUAAUUCUUUGUCUGGAAAUAUUAAUGAUCGUUCACAAACGACACCAACAACGGAUGUUACAAAUGAAAAGUAUUUGCAUCGAGAUUGGAUUCCUAAACGUAUAGACAUUGUAUGCGAUACAUUUCCUCAUAUGGUUUACGCUGUUGAAAGACAAAGUAUUUCAUCAGAUUACAUUAUAUUCGCUUGUGUUGCAACAUUUGCACUACCACUCAUAUCUGUUAUAUUUCAUUCAACUAAUUCAUCAAAUAUACUGGAUAAUAAUAAUCAUAAUAACAGCAAUGAUAAUAGUAAUCAAUAUCAAUCAUUAUUUAUAACAACAAAAGGUACACUAUUAUUUUUUGGCAAUAAUUCAAUGAAUCGAACAUUCAAUACUAACAAUGCUGUUUUUGGAGACACUGUUAUUGGGUUAUAUUUACAUGCUAUAUUAAGUUUAUUUGGUCAUUUAUUUUCGACCGUUACUGUAAAAAUUCAUAAUACAUUGAUUGAUACGAAUUUACAAACUUCUUGUUGUUCGCAACCUUAUUGUAUCGUAUUUUGGAAUAUUGUGACUGGUCAAUUUUUAAUGGAUUGGUUUUCAAAACCAGAUGUACAAGGACGUUUGGUUAUUUUGAUUGGAUGUAUAUUACGCUUCAACGUUUAUGGCACUGUAUUCUUUCUUCUAUGUAUUGCUGAGCGUACAUUUCAAGAGCGUUUGCUUUACGCCAAAUAUUUCUUUUCUUUAACAUCCGGCCGUCGUGCUUUAAAAUAUCGUGUACCACAAUUUCGUUUAAAUAAAGUUGGUCACAUAAAAUGCUGGUUAAUGCUUCGGUCGUAUCUGAAAAAACGUGGUCCACAACGCUCGGUUGAGCAUAUUAUGACGAUUGCAUUUUAUAUCGUCUUUACCCUUGGUCUUAGUUUAUGCGCUCAACUUCUUUCAAAAAGCCGUAUGAGUGUUUUCACUCAUUUAACUAAUUGGGAUAUUCUGGGUCUUUCUUUUGGGAUUAUUGUAUUUCUCUAUCGAUACAUUUUACUUGGUACAAAAAUUACAAAGAAAUACCGUAACUUCUCAGUACUUAUCACUGAACAAAUUAAUUUAUAUUUAAGUAUGGAGAGUAAACCACAUAAAAAAGAAGAUUUAAUGCUAACAUUUCAAGUUCUACGUUUAGUUGAAGGUCUACUAAAAGAAGUUGAUGGUCCAUUUCGUGUUUGUGGUUGGACAUUGAAUCCAUUAGUGUAUAAUAUAUUUAAAUUAGUUUUACUUUCUUGUGUAUCUACUUUACUAUCUGAGUCAUUGGGCUUUAAAUUAAAAUUAUACAAAUUAAAAUUAAAUCCAUCCAAUUGGUAG